AUGGCGAGACUUAACCUUGGGAAUAUUAAUCCCCAUAUCGUCGAGGCCAAGUAUGCCGUUCGUGGUGAACUUGCCGUCAAGUCCGAGGAAUACCGUGCUCGUCUUCGUAAGGGAGACAAGUCUCUACCUUUCUCGGAAGUUAUCAGCGCCAAUAUCGGUAACCCUCAACAACUCGAUCAAAAGCCUAUUACUUUCUUCCGCCAGGUCUUGAGUUUACUUGAGAAUCCCAAGUUACUCGAGCAUAAGGAUGUCCUACUCAACUCUCUAGGUUACAAGAGUGACGUGCUAGAACGAGCAAAAUGGCUUCUAGAUCACGCGGGUAGCGUUGGAGCCUACAGCGCCAGUGCUGGUGUCCCUGCUAUUAAGGAGAGCAUUGCCAAGUUCCUUGAGAAACGCGAUGGCUUCGCAGCAGACCCAUCCAAGAUCUACCUCUCAGCCGGCGCAUCCUCCGGUGUCAACACCCUCCUACACAUCAUCUGCGCCUCCCCAACCACCGGCGUCCUCGUACCUAUCCCGCAGUACCCCCUCUACACCGCCUCCCUCUCCGUCCUAAACUCAACCUGCGUACCAUACUACCUCGACGAAUCAGCACAAUGGGGAACCUCGCUCUCCGCAAUCAAAGAAUCCCACGCCAAAGCCAAAGCCGACGGGAUCGACGUCCGCGCCAUCGUAAUCAUAAACCCAGGCAACCCAACCGGGGCCUCCCUCUCCGAAGCCGACGUGCGUUCCGUACUAGACUUCGCCGCACAAGAGAAACUCGUAGUCCUCGCCGACGAAGUAUACCAAACCAACGUAUUCAUCGGAAAAUUCCACAGUUUCCGCCAAGUCCUACUCACUUUACAAAAAGAGCACCCGGGCAAAUACGACGACAUCGAGCUCGCGUCUCUGCAUUCCGUAUCCAAGGGUAUGGUCGGCGAGUGCGGACACCGGGGUGGAUACUUCGAACUCCUCGGUUUUAAAUCCGAAGUCGAAGAGCAGAUUUAUAAAUUCGUGUCUAUAACCCUAUGCGCACCUGUAGUAGGACAAUGUCUUGUGGAACUCAUGGUUAACCCGCCAAAACCCGGUGACCCGUCUUAUGACCUGUAUAACCAAGAAUACAACGGCAUUUUUGAUGCACUAAAGACGCGCGCUUACGCCCUAUACGAAGCGUUUAAGGAGAUGGAAGGAGUGGAGUGUGGGGAGCCGCAGGGUAGCAUGUACCUCUUCCCCACUAUCAAAUUACCCGCUAAAGCCGUCGAGGCGGCGAAGAAGGCCGAUCGUAAACCGGAUGAGUUUUACUGUCUACGGUUACUCGACGCUACUGGUGUGUGCGUGGUACCGGGUUCGGGAUUCGGGCAGGCGGAGGGUACGUUGCAUUUCCGGACUACGUUCCUGGCGCCGGGCACCGAGUGGGUCGGUAGUAUUAAGAAAUUCCAUAAGGAGUUUAUGGAUGAGUAUAGAUAG